CGGGCCAAGGGGCGCUGCCGCGGGGCCGAGACGGCGAGCGCCGGGGCUCGGCGGCCGGCACCGGCACCGGGACCUGUGCCCGGGUCGGUGCCCGGAGCCAGCCUGACCGACAGCAGCUCGGAGGUGUCGGACUGCAGCGCCUCGGAGGAGGCGAAGCUGCUCUCGCUGGAGCUGGGGCUCAGCGGCAGCGAUGGCGAGUCCCCGGGCAGCGCCCCGCCGCCGCCGCCCUCGGCCGGAGAGGCCUCGCCGCUGCCCGAGGAGCCCUCGGCCGCCUCCAUGGCCAGCAGCCGCCUGCAGCUCAGCACCUCGCUCGCCUUUUCCGACCUCACCGAGGAGCUGCUGGACGCCGGCACCGACGGGCUGCUCCGGGAGCUGGAGGACCUGCGCUCCGAGAACGACUAUCUCAAGGAUGAGAUCGAGGAGCUGCGAGCCGAGAUGCUGGAGAUGAGGGACGUCUACAUGGAGGAGGACGUGUACCAGCUGCAGGAGCUCCGUCAGCAGCUGGACCAGGCCAGCAAGACCUGCCGCAUCCUGCAGUAUCGCCUGCGCAAGGCUGAGCGCCGCAGCCUGCGCGUGGCCCAGACGGGCCAGGUGGACGGAGAGCUCAUCCACAGCCUCGAGCAGGACGUCAAGGUGGCCAAGGAUGUCUCCGUGCGGCUCCACAAUGAGCUGGAGGUGGUGGAGAAGAAGAGGAUCAGGCUGGAGGAGGAGAACGAGGACUUGCGCCAGCGACUCAUUGAGACGGAGCUGGCCAAGCAGGUGGUGCAGAACGAGAUGGACAAGCUGCGAGAGAAUUCCCUGAAGAAAAGGGGGUCUCGCUCCAUUGGGAAGGCUGACAAGAAGCCAUCAGUGCAGGAGGACAGCGCAGACCUGAAAUGCCAGCUGCAUUUUGCCAAGGAGGAGUCUGCCCUGAUGUGCAAGAAGCUGACCAAGCUGGCCAAGGAGAACGACGGCAUGAAGGAGGAGCUGCUGAAAUACAGGUCCCUCUACGGGGACCUCGACAGCUCCCUCUCUGUGGAGGAGCUGGCUGACUCUCCCCAUUCCCGGGAGGCUGAGCUGAAGGUCCACCUCAAGCUGGUGGAGGAGGAAGCCAACAUUCUCAGCCGGAGGAUAGUGGAGCUGGAGGUGGAAAACCGCGGGCUGCGGGCGGAGAUGGAUGACAUGAGGGGCCAGGGGGACAGGGAGCUGCCGGGGCAGGAGGCACGGUUCCUGGCGGGCAUGGCGGGCUGCGGGGAUGCCGGGGACACGGUGGCGGAGCUGCGCCGGCACCUGCAGUUUGUGGAGGAGGAGGCUGAGCUCCUGAGACGCUCGCUGCUGGAGAUGGAGGAGCAGAACAAGCUUCUCCUCAACGAGCUGACCAAGUACAAGUCGGACCACGAGCUGGACGUGACUCUGUCGGAGGACAGCUGCUCGGUGGUCAGCGAGCCCUCGCAGGAGGAGCUGGCCACAGCCAAGGUGCAGAUCAGCGAGCUGAGCGGCAAAGUGAAGAAGCUGCAGUACGAGAACCGUGUGCUGCUCUCCAACCUCCAGCGCUGCGACCUGGCCUCCUGCCAAACCACCCGGCCCAUGCUGGAGACCGACGCCGAGGCUGGCGACUCUGCACAGUGCAUCCCCACCGCCGGCUGGAGGGAUGGGGUAGGCAGCAGUGAAGCCAACGGCCAGGACAGGGUGCCCGGCGGUGGGAAGGGGCCCGAUGGUCCCACCAAGCUGCUCAAGCCCAAGGACCUGGAGACCUUGCUGGGCAUCCGGGACCAGGCGGCGCUUGUCAGCAAAGCGAUCGACGUCUUGAUUUCGGAUGCCAACGGCUUCACGGCGGGGCUGAAGGCGUGCUUGGACAACGAGUGCACGGAGGGGCUGCUGGCCGAGGCCGUGGGGAGCGGUGCUGAGAGCCCCAGCGAUGCCAAGCUGAUGAACGUGCUCCUCAUGCGGCUGGGCGUGCUCCAGCAGGACCUGGGCUGCUUCGUGCGGAAGGUAGACCACCUCAGCAGCGGCCUCAAGGAGCACACGGACUCCUUCCCGUUCUCCAGCCCUGGCAGCCACGACAGCACCAAAGAGGGGCUGCAGAAGGAGCAUUCCUCUGACUUCCAGCAGCCUGAUUUUAGGGACGCCGACCCCUACCGCAGCCCCCACGCCAAGGACACGGACCCCGCGCAGCCGCGCGGCUGCAGGCCCUGCCGCACGGAGGAGAACGACUCCUACGCCACCGAGAUGAAGGAGCUGCAGUUGGUGCUGUCGGAAGCCAACGAGAGUCUGCGGGGACUGCAGGAGCAGCUCUCGCAGGAGAGGCAGCUGAGGAAGGACGAGGUGGACAACUUCUCACAGAAGAUCUGCCAGCUGAAGGAGGACCAUCAGAAAGCUCUGCUGCGGCGGGAAUUCGAGCUGCAGAGCCUGAACCUGCAGAGGCGGCUGGAGCAGAAGUUCUGGAGCCAGGAGAAGAACCUGCUGGUGCAGGAGUCACAGCAGUUCAGGCAGAGCUUCCUCCUGCUCUUCAUGAAGCUCAAGUGGUUCCUCAAGCGCUGGCGUCAGGGCAAGAUGGUGCACAGCGAGGGAGAGGACUUCUUGGAGGUGAACAGUAUGAAGGAGCUGUACCUGCUGCUGGAGGAGGAGGAGCUCACCCCACAGCAGCAGGCAGACAACAAGAUGUGCUCUGGAGAUGCCUGGACCCCCAACACGCCCAAGGACUGCAUCAAGACGCUGGCAGACAUGAAGGUGACGCUGCAGGAGCUGUGCACGGAGCUGCGGGAGGAGCGGCGCAGUGCCGGCGAGCUGCAGCAGCAGUUCACCAAGGCCAAGGCUGCCUGGGAGAUGGAGCGUGCCGAGCUCAAGUGCCACAUCGCCCAGCUGGAGUCAAAGGCAGGUAAAGGGCUCACAGAGCGUGCACUGCCAGACUGGAAGGUGGCAUUGAAGAGGGAGCGUGAGGAGCACCAGCAUCUCCUGGCUGAGUCCUACAGCGCUGUCAUGGACCUCACCAAGCAGCUGCAGAUCAGUGAAAAGAACUGGAACCAGGAGAAAGUGGAGCUGCUUGCCCGCUUCAAGGAGGAGCAGCAGCAGGCAGAGCAGCAAGCAAAGGAGCUACAGAACAAAAUCAACCAGUUGCAGAAAGGAGCCAACCCAUGGGCACUGAAGCACUCUGAAAUGGAGAAGCACGGCAGCAACUGGAAGGAGGCUCUCAAUGAGAAAAUCACUGACAAAGAGACAAUCUCUGAAGCAGAAGCCAAGGGAACCAACCUCAAAAGGACCAAGUCUGUUUCCUCCAUGUCAGAGUUCGAAAGCUUGCUCGACUGUUCUCCUUACCUCCCUGGAAAGACCACACCAGGGCUGGGCGACCAUUCCCGGGGCAAAAAGGUGUCCACGGCCACCCAACUGCUGCCCAAUGGGAUCCGGGACAGUGCUGGCAUUCCUCCCUCAAACUGUACAUAUGUGAAUAUUGAGCAGCCUGUCCCUGACAGCCUGGCCAAGGAGAAGCUGGGCAUCUCCUCCUGGGACUACUCCCGGGCAAGCAGCCUCUCCGGGCACGACCCGGCCCAGAAGCAAAUGCAGAGGAGCUACACAGCGCCCGACAAGACAGGGAUCCGCAUCUACUACAGCCCACCGGUGGUGCGGCGGCUGGAGGCGCCUCUGGUGCACAACAAGGAGGGCAAGAUCAUGAUCGAACCUGGCUUCUUGUUCACCAUGGCCAAGCCCAAGGAGCCGGAGCCGUCGGCCAGCGCCGAGAGCACCUACAGCCAGUGGCUGUGCAACUUCUCCAAGCAGCAGCGGGAGCUGCUGGACGGCGGCGCGGUGGAGAGCGCGGUGCCAGCGGUGCCCCACUUCCCCCCGGCGCUGCACGACCUGGAGAUCUCCGGCAACAUGAGCGACGACAUGAAGGAGAUCACCAACUGCGUGCGGCAGGCCAUCCGCUCCAGCUCGCUGGAGAGGAAGGUGAAGAGCACCUCCAGCCAGACGGUGGGGCUGGCCCACGUGGGGACGCAGACCAUCCAGACCGUGAGCGUGGGCCUGCAGACAGACCUGCCGCGGGCCAGCAGCAUGCACAGCAAGAGCUGGUCCCCACGCAGCUCCUCCCUCGUGUCCGUGCGCAGCAAGCAGAUCUCCUCCUCCCUGGAUAAGGUCCACUCCAGGAUCGAGCGGCCUUGCUGCUCCCCAAAAUACGGCUCUCCAAAGCUCCAGAGGAGGUCUUCCUCCAAGCUGGACACCUCCAAGGACAGGAGCCUCUGGAACCUUCACCAGAGCAAGCAGAAUGGCUCUGCCUGGGCCCGUUCCACCACCACUCGUGACAGCCCUGUCCUCAGCAACAUCAACGAUGGCUUGUCCAGCUUGUUCAGCGUGGUGGAGCACGCGGGCAGCACCGAGUCCAUCUGGAAGCCAGGCUGCCCCGAGAGCAGCCGGGCCAAGCCUGAGGCCCCCAAAUACGGCCUGGUGCAGGAGUUCUUCAGGAACGUCUGCGGCAGGGCACAGAGUCCCACCGCUCCCCCGGAGAAGAAGGAGGCCACUGGGGAGGAGGGCAGCAAGAGAGCCGAGCACCCCAGCCCAGCCACCCACCCCCCAGCUGAAAGCAUCUCCCGUGUCCUGAACAAGAAAGUCCUCAAGCAAGGCAGCUGUGAGGACUCCAAGCCCUCGUGCCCCAGCCAGGGGAGUAAGGACGCAGCCCUGCGGGACCCUGACCUUAUCUCAGCCAUGGCCAGCGAGGACAUGGCGUGUGACUGCAGCUCCCAGUCCCUCACCUCCUGCUUCGCCCGGCCAUCCCGCUCCGCCGUCCGCCAUUCCCCCUCCAAGUGCAAACUGCACCCUGCGGACCCCCCCAGGGCGGAGGAGAAGCCGGGGGCCUCGAGUGAGUGAGGACGGGGGGCCGGGGGACGCAGCGUGCCUGCUAUCCAUCUCCUGAAGGAAGAUCGCCCGCGCUGACGCCCCGGGGGGGCCCCUCUCGGAGGUGUCGCGGGCGCAUCUGUCUCCUAACCGUCCCCUGGCCCCCGGGGACGCUUAGGAAGCAGAUGUGGAGCCGUUGGUGGAGGCAGUCAGCAGCCCCAGGGUGCGCAGGGACAUCCUGCGACCUGCUGUGGGGGGCCCUGUUGUAGCAGGGGGGUUGGACUAGAGGAUCUCCAGAGGUCCAUUCCAACCCCCACCAUGCGGGGAUCCUGCUUGGGAGGUUGCUUCACCUUUCGCCUGGCUGGAGACCCACUCCUUGGGAGUUGUUGCUGGCACUGGGUUGUCCUUGCUGGUGCCCACCACCCCAGGAAUGUCAUCUGAAGCCUCAGCAGUUCCCACCACCCUGGGAAUGCCAGCUGAGCCCCUGCCAUGCUGAGGACUCACCGGGACUUCGGAAGGGGAGAGCGGCUGGGGGAGGCUGCUCGUGUGUAUGGGGUAGGGCUGGGGCGAAGUGCGGCCGGGACGCCGGAGGGCGGCGGUGGCCGGAGGCACGUGUUGGCCUCUGUGGGUGGAGGGUGCUGGCUCUGGUCCUCUGGGCCACUGCCAGCGCCCCAGCGCAUCCCUGCCAGCCCCGGUUGCAGCGCGGUUGCAUCAGCCAGGGGCCACACGUGCUUCCCCGGGCAGGAAGGAGGCGGGGAGGGUCCCUGCGGUCACCGGGUGUGGGGGCCCUCUCUGGCCACCCUUCAUUCUCGGAGUGGGAGGCGGGGAGGUUGCUGCCGAAGGGCCAGCACUGAAGGGAAGGGUCUGGGUGGUCCCAGUGGCACCUCCUGAUGCAGAGGUGGGGUGCUUGGCAUGGGGAGGCAGGGCUUGUGCGUGCACAUGCCCAUCUCCUCCCACCAUCUUGAUGGGCCCUGGUGCCCUCCUGCAUCGCACUCACUGCCCUGCCCGGGGCCACUGUUAGUUACUGGCUCCUCCAAGUGCUGAAGAUACACAUCACUCUUUUUUCGUUGUUUGUUUUUUUCCUUUGGGGUUUUUUUUUCUUUCCCCCUCCCUUUGUUUUCCUCCACGUCUGGCUCUGCCCAACUCCGGACAGCCUGCAAUGUAAAACCAAGUGCAUUUUAAAAGUACCCAAACCAGCUGCAUGGGAGAUGCACCAGAUGGAUUCAGAGAUUGUGCUUGGGAGGCUGCAGCGUGGCCACGCUCACCACCACUAAAAGCCUUACCCUGGGAGGGAGUGGGACAGCAGCCACAGCAGCCACAAGCCCCAUAGCCAUGCAGAGCUCCCAGGUCUGGGGCGUUUGUAUCGCAGCCCCACGCAGAGCAGGGUUGGUGUGAAAGCAGCAAUUUCCAAGGGAGCUCCCUGCCUGACCUAUUUUCGAGCUGCAGGCCAGGGGCCAGGAAGGGACUAGCCCAGAUAAAGCUGCCUGCAGGUGCCCACAUCGCUGCGGGCUCUGGGCAUCGCUCAGGCUGUGCGCUUUGAUGCGGGGACUCCGUGCAUUGCUCCAGAGGCUCCUGUGUGUUGCUCUGGGGCUUUGUACCUUCUCCAGAGGCUCUGCACAUAGCUCAGGGGCUGUGAACCUUGUUGGGGGUGCUCCAGGGACUCUGUGUAGCUCUGGGGCUGUGUACACUGCUCCAGGGACACCCUGCAUUGUUCUGUGGCUCCAUAUGUGGUUCCAGGAGCUCUGUCUGUUGCUCCUAGUCCAUGGACACUGAUUCAUGGGUUGCAUACACUGCUAUGGAACCUCUGUGCAUGGCUCUGAAGCUUUGUACAUUGCUCCAGGACCUCCAUGCAUUGCUCUGGGACUGUGUACACUGCUCCAGGGUCUUCACACAUUGCGCUGGGGCUGUGUAUAUAUACUGCUGCUUCAGGGGCUCCAUACACAGCUCCAGGACCUCUGCAUAGCUCUGAGGCUGUGUACAUUGCUCUGGGGACUCUCUAGGAUGCUUUUUGGGGCCCUGCACAUUGCUCUGGGGCUCUGCACACUGCUCCGGGGGCUCUGCACGUUGUUCUGGAGUUCUGUACACUACUCCAGGACUUCUGUGCAUUGCUUUGGCGCUCUGUACACUGCUCCAGGGGCUCUGUGUGCUGCUCCUGGGGCCCUGGACGUUGCUCUGAGGCUCUCUACGCUGCUUUGCUGUCAUCUUGAAACUUUCGCUUACGAAGUGCUCCUGUAGCUGCUGCCCCCUCCUGUCCAGCCGCCCGCUGCCCGGCAGCAGGCAAGGCUGCAUCACUGCCACGUCGCAGACUCCGUCAGCAUCUCCGCGACGGCCACUCACUGCCUGUGUCUCUGGACACACCAGCAUCAGCCAGGGCUCACCGAGCCCAGCACCGAUGGCCUUUUGCUCCUGCGGCGCUUGUCCGGCCCCUCGGGGACCUUGGUCACCGGGGUGCGGGACGUUCGGGGCGGGUACUGCCCUCCCUCACCAGCAGCUGGGGCCAGGCAGCAGCUUCCCUGCCCACCACGGGGAAGUGGGGUCCCCGCACCCCUGCCGUGGGCAAUCUCCUGCUGUACAUAGAUCCUCUCGGGGUGGUUUUUAGCAUUCCCCUUGCUAACAGGGAUUCGGGGGUGGGGUUGUUUGUCGGUUCGGUUUCCUUUUUUGUUUGUAAAGACUCUACCUUUGGAAUGUGGUUUCUCAUUUUUACAGCUGCCUUUUAAUUGUUUGUAAUCUGGGUUGGGUUCUCUCUUACUCUGUAAAUAGCGGUGCUGGGCAUUCCCCACGGGGCCGGGGGCUGUGCUGGGGCUGACGAGGAAAGGGUGAAGGUGACAGGGAAAAUUCUGCUCCAGGUGUGAAGGUGGUCAGCCCAGCCUCAGCCCCUGUCCUCCCCACAUACUACUGCCCAGCCCGGGGCAAAGCCCUGCCUGCCCCUGCUCUGUCCUCUUGCUCCUUCUCUCAUGCCAAGGUCGCAUGAAGGGCAGCUGCUGCCUCGAUGACAGGCCCCCUGCUCCCCCUGUCCUGCACCCUGCCUGCUUGUCCUGUGAUGAAUAAAGGCCCUGCAACCCCUCACCCACACCCUUGGCGCUGCCUGACCGUGCUGCCUGUCCUGUUUGGUGCUGCUGUGGAGAGCACUGGGGGAGGCUGGAGCACCAUGGGUGAGGAUAUGCAUCUAGAUAGAUCCUGUCCCUCUGUCUUCACCAUCGUAGCCACUGUCCAGCCCAUACAGUGUCCCAGCCUCUCCUCACCCGCCUGUCUCUCCCCAACACCAUCCCUGUGUGCUAACCCCAACUAUGCUGCACCACCAGAGCUCCUUGGCAUCACCCAUGGGUGCUCUCUGGUCUCAAUGCCCAGGCUGUCACCUCACGCCAGGCUCCUUUUGGCUCAGCAUUGUUCUGGUGAUGUUGGUGGUUCUCAUGCCUCCCCUGUCCCCUGCUCAGCUUCUCACUCCAGCCUACAUGUGGAGCCCACAUCCCCUUACCCUUCUUCACUCCCUGUGGCUUCUUGCCUUUUUGCCCUCCUCACCUGCAGGUCCCAGCCUACUCCAGGCACACUACAUUAAACUGCCUCUCCCUGAGGGUCCUCCAUCACCCACCAGGAUUCAGCACUUCUUUGUUUUCUCCUCCAGCAUCUUUCAUGUCACAUCCCUUUUAUGUCUGCUCUUUGAUCUCCAGUGUGCCAUGUCUCCUUGUGCUCCUCCAUCUAGAAUCCUCUUUUCCUUUUUCUUAUGCCCUUCCAUUGUCCUCAUCCCUCUACUCUUUUGUCACCCACAUAACCCAUCCCAUCCCUGCUUCCUAUGCAUCUGUUACCCACUGUGUCUCAUCCUUCCUUGCUAUCCCUCUCCAUCACUUCACAGUUCCCAUCCUUCCUUUCUGUGCUGUUCCAUCACCCACCAUGUCCUGCCCCUCCUUCCUGUGCUCCUGCAUCUUCCAUCAUGUCCUAUCCCUUCUUGUGCUUCACUGUCACUCAUCACCUCCCAUCCCUCCCUGUUGUCCUCCACUCCCUUCACAUCCCAUCCCUCAUCCAACACUCCUUUCAGAGCAUGCUGUCAUCCACUGUCUCAUCUCUGCCAUGCCAUGCCAUGCCAUGCCUCUACUGCCCACCAUGUCCCCUCCUGCCCUCUUGUGCUCCAGCAUCUCGCAUUACAUCCUACCCCUCCUUAUUCUCCAUCACACACCACAUCACAUCCCUCCUUCCUCUGCUCUUCCAUUGUCCUUCAUGUCCCACCCUCCUGUCUUGUCACACUUGCAUCCCAUCCCUCAUCUACUUCAUCCACCACAUCCCCUUCUUAUCCUCAUCCACCUCCCACCAUCUCAUCUUCUGUUCCUUCUCCACCCUGUCCCAUCUAUCAUCAUCCUGUUUUACCUCCAGUUUGUCUUUUCCUUUCAUGUUCUCUCUUAAGUUAACAUCUUAC